CUACUGGCUACUGCUUACAGACCAUGUGCUAUGUUGCUAUGUGUAACUAUUUUUUUUUUGUUUUGUUGUAAAUACUAAAUCCUAAUAACAGUAAUAACUAAUUAUUACAAAGUGGCUAGGUACAUCAGUGUCACUGAACUCUAUACUCUAACUCUAUAUCUAUAGAGUUCAGUGAUUAGUGUACUCAUUUUGUCAUGAGCACGAUUAUAGAUAAUAUUCUAAUUUCAAAUUUCAAAAUUUGAUUUAUAUCUUUAUAGUCUAUUAUAAUUAGUACAAUAAUGGAARAAGAAGCAACUCAGCCGGAUUAUAGUGCUCAAACAAGACAAUUGCUUAAAGACAUCAAGUCUGGGAUCUUGGAAGCUAAAGAAUCAACGAAUAAGAUUAUUAACAAAAAUUAUAACUUUUCUAAUGGCAUAAGCUUAUUAGAUAUAAAAUGCCAUACAUUAUUAAGUUAUAUAAAUAAUUUAACUCAUAUUAUACUAAAAAAAUGCAAAUUUCAAUCUAUUAAAAAUGACCCAUCAAUCGAACGUCUUGUGGAGCAACGAACUGUUCUAGAACGCAUAAGGCCUCUUGAAUUUAAAAUUAAAUACCAAAUUGAUAAGCUUGUUAAAACAGCAUUAUCUGGUUCUGUUGAUCCUAAUGAUCCUGAUCGGUUUCGUGCUACUAUUGAUGGAUUAGCGGAUGCAGAAGAUCAUGAGGAAAAUGAAGAAUCUGAUAAUGAUGAAGCUGGCCGUCAUACUUCAAAAAAAAUUAAGGAUGGUGUUUAUGUAGCACCUAAGGUUACAGCUGUACCUUAUGAUGGAGAUGAGUCACGAGCAGUUAAAAAACAAAAAUUGUUGGAAAGAGCAAAAAAAAGAGCACUACAAAGUUCGGUUAUGCAAGAGUUACGAGAGGAAUAUGCAGAUACACCAGUUGAAGUGCAAAUUAAUACAGUUGGCUUAAAAAAUAAACAGUCCAAAUAUGAUUACGAAAGACAGAAGUAUGAAGAAGACUAUUUUACAAGGUUGCCAGUUACCAAGAAAGACAAACAUAGAGCUAAGCAAUUAUCAUCAGUUACUCUUGGAAAA